AGAAGGCUCCUGGAAAGGAUUCCAACAGCAUGUUACAGAGCAGAGGGUGGCGCUUUCACACAAACGCUAGACCCAAAAUGAGCAUCGGAUCCAUCCCCUGAGAGCAGCCCCAGGAGAUCUCCCAACCCUUGCAGCUAAAACCAGAGUCAGGAAAUGUCUGAUUAGCUGGGGAUUUAAACGCCGAGCAUAUCAUGAGUUGCAAGGGGCGCCGAGUUCCACCAGUGCGCAGGAGGAGCGACUGCGGCCGGCCCAGAGGACAGGCAGCUCGGCUUGGGACCCGGACAGCUGGCGACAGAUGCAAGCAAGAGUGUGAAGGUGUUAAUCUGAUAGAUUCAGGAGGUCUGGCUGAUUUACCUGGAAAACCGCUGAGAAAAUGGCAGGCUACUUACUGGACACUGGCCAUCUUUCUAUCCCUGAUUGCAAGUACAAUUGCUUCAUCCAAAGAGGAGAAUUGGUUUCCAGUGAAUAACCCACAAACCAGAGAGAUACCAGCUCAGGACAAGAAAGUUUCCAUCAGUAGGACUUCAAUGGAAAGUCAAGAACCUGUGGAGAGUCAAGGAUCCCUGGAAAGUAAGACUGAUGAGAGAGGGGAAUUGCCAACUCAAUCUGUCUGGCCUACUGUGCAUUAUCAGACUGCAAUAUUAAACAGGCUUGGAGAAUUUGCAGAGGAUGUGCGAAGCCGCUAUGAACGAUCACCAGGCAGUUCACAUAAAGGCAAAGAACGAUCAAAGACCUCACGAAGAAAUAGACGGAGAGGAUCCAGGAAAAUGAAAAAAAAUAAAAGUGAAUGCCAUAUCAAUACCUUAAAGCUCAAAGUUGAAGACCUGGGACUUGGUUAUAAAUCAGAAGAGAUUGUAGAUUUCAAAUAUUGCAGUGGAAAUUGUCCACGCUACGAGUCGAAUUAUGACCUAACACUGUCCAAAAUGUUAAAUAAAAAUGGGAUUCUUUCUAAUACUGAUGAGAUAGUGAUCAAUCAUCCAUGCUGCAGACCAAGCAAAUAUACAGAUAUCGCCUUUCUGGAUUUGCAAAACCAGUGGCAGAUAAUCACGAAUGUCUCUGCAGUUGAAUGCAUGUGUCAGGGAUGA